AUGCCUGAAAUCGUCGUUGUCGGCGCCGGGGUGGUGGGCCUCACUUCGGCUCUGCUGCUGGCCAAAGACAAAGGGAACAAUGUGACCGUUGUCGCCAAGCACAUGCCCGGGGAUUACGACAUCCAAUAUACUUCUCCGUGGGCUGGAGCCAACUACUUGCCUAUGUCGACAAAUGAAAACAGCCGUUGGGAGAGGAGGACAUGGCCCGAAAUCAAGAGGCUCGCGGCGGAGGUUCCAGAAGCCGGCAUACAUUUCCAGAAGGCGGCCGUCAUGCGAAGCGCCCGAGACCUAGAGCCCGACGUCUCCGCCAAGAAUGGCCUCGGGGAUGCCCUCUUUGACGAGAAGCCCUGGUACGCCAACUUCUUCCCGGACUACCGCAGCAUGAAGCCAGAGGAGCUGCCCUCAGGCAUGGCCUACGGCCACGAGUUCGGGUCCGUGUGCAUCAACACGGCCAUCUACCUGCCCUGGUUGGUGGGCCAGUGCCGCCGGCACGGCGUGGUCCUCAAGCGGGCGUCUCUGAACCACAUCUCCGAGGCCUCGUCGCUGGGGCCCUCCGGCAAGGCAGACAUCAUCGUGAACUGCACCGGCCUGAUGGCGUGCAAGCUCGGGGGCGUGAUGGACACCAAGGUGACGCCGGCCAGGGGCCAGAUCGUGGUGGUGAGGAACGUGAGCCCGUUCAUGGUCGCCACGUCCAGCACCGAGGACUCGCCGGACGAGCUGGUCUACACCAUGACGCGGGCUGCUGGCGGCGGCACGAUACUGGGCGGCACGUACCAGAAGGGGAACUGGGAUCCAAAUCCGGACCCGAACAUUGCUGCGAGGAUUAUGCAGCGGGUGGUGGACCUGUAUCCGCAAAUAGCUGGUGGGAAGGGGGUGAAAGGUUUGGACAUCAUCCGUCAUGGGGUAGGGCUGAGGCCAUACCGGGAGGGAGGAGUGAGGAUUGAGAAGGAGAAGAUAGAUGGGACGUGGGUCGUCCACAAUUACGGCCAUGCAGGCUGGGGUUAUCAGGGAUCUUAUGGGACAGCCGAGAGGGUGGUCGAGUUGACCACCCGUCCGUCCCGUGCUAAACAUUCCCACCCUCUCAAGAACGACCAUCAUUCCCUCACGUCCCCCGACACCAUGGCCACCAACCAGGCCCCACUGUACCUGCAACUCCUCCGAUUUGCACAGGAUGUUGCUACGGGGAGGCACUGGCUGUCAAGGCUAGUUCCCCCUGUACUGAUUCUUCUGGAUGCAGCCUUGUGUGUGCUGGUGAUAGCCAAGGUGGCCUACACCGAAAUUGACUGGACUGCCUACAUGGAGCAGGUACAGUUGUUUCUCGAUGGAGAGAGGGACUACACGAAGAUCGAGGGCGGCACUGGUCCUUUGGUCUACCCAGCUGCUCACGUCUGGAUAUACACUGGGCUGUACUACCUCACCAACCAUGGGAAGGAUAUCCCCCUAGCCCAGCAACUGUUUGCCGGGUUGUACUUGGUUAAUCUGGCGGUCGUCAUGUCCUGCUACUGGAAGGCGAAGGCUCCCCCCUACGUCUUCCCACUGUUGAUCCUGUCCAAACGCCUGCACAGCGUUUUUAUGCUCCGAUGCUUCAAUGACUGUUUUGCAGUUUUUUUUAUGUGGCUGUCGAUCCUCCUCUUCCAGCACAGACAGUGGGUCGCCGGCGGUCUCGUCUACAGUUUCGGCCUUGGAGUCAAGAUGACCCUGCUUCUGGUGCUUCCGGUGGUCGGUAUUCUCAUCUUCUUCGCCAAGGGCGUGAUUGGAACCAUUGCUUUGGGCGGUUCAAUGGCGGGCUUGCAGGUCCAGCUUGCGGCGCCGUUCCUCAAGUACCCGGCCUCGUACUUUGGACGUGCCUUCGAAUUCUCUCGCCAAUUCCUAUUCAAGUGGACCGUGAACUGGCGCUUUGUCGGCGAGGAGACCUUUCUCAGCCGCGGGUUCUCGACUUCCUUACUCGUCUUGCACGCUUCCGUCCUCUUGACAUUCAUAUUCACUCGGUGGCUCCCGCCAACCGGGAAAUCGCUGGGGGACGUCCUUCAUGCCACAUUUGUCCGGAGGACCUGGCAGCCAUUAUUUCAGGGAUUUACGCCCCAGUACAUUCUGACUACUAUCCUGACUGCCAAUGUUGUCGGCCUACUCUUCGCUCGUUCUCUCCAUUACCAGUUCUACUCCUACCUAGCCUGGUCUACCCCCUACCUCCUGUGGCGCGGUGGGGUGCAUCCUGUGUUGCAGUACGUCUUGUGGGGCCUUCAGGAGUGGGCCUGGAAUGUAUUCCCCAGCACACCAGCCAGUUCAGCCGCCGUGGUGGGUGUCAUGGCGAUAACAGUCAUGGCGGUGUGGUUUGGCACGUCCGACGAUACGGCGGGCCCAAAUGCGCGCAACCAGUCCGCCGGCAACCCUGGAGCGCCGACUCGGUCUAUUCGGAAGCCCUAGACCGGCUACCAAAACGGGAAGACUGAGUUCAAGCGUCCAAGGUGGUGAGACUACCUCUUCGGAAACAACGUGUUCAGCAGGUCCCGCACGAGACCAAUGCUGGGGUCACUCCUCCCCUUCGGAUUCGGAGUCUGUUGGUGGCAGGCCUCUCGAGUCAUCCUCGUCGUCAGGAACUGGCCAGUCUUUGUGUGAUUGGGAGGCAAUUGGGUUCUGGGCUGCCUCGUGGGACUGCAGCGCAGGAAAAAGGGUGCACAGGGCGUCUCAUACCAGUAUGGCAUCUUGCGCCACUCCUUCUCGUCCCGGACCACGUUGAUGAUCUCCCCCUCGACUUUGUUAUUCGUCUUGCGCUCCUCACUCGGCGUCAGAUCGACCACGACAAAGCCCCCUCUCUUGAUCCAUAUCGUGUUGCGGAACCGCUGCGCGAGCUCGACGAGGGCGGUCUUGGUGUUGGGCAGGAUGCACGUGUACGUGUUGUUGCCCUCGGGCUUGCCAACGCGCGCGACGAACUGGUGCUCGGUCAGCUCGUCGGGAGGAGUGGUGGACUCGGUGGCUGCUGCCAGCACGCUGCGCUUGGGACGGCCCAUUGUUCGACUUGAGAUGUUGUAGGCGGCGGGUCGGUGACUUGGGCGCGAUCGAGCGUCGGUUUUCGUGCCCCACCAACUUUUUUCUGGUACCACGCUAAAUGCAUAAUCUGGAUAAUGCGGUAGCAUAACGAACAUGCAUAAACUCACAUGUGCACUCCA